UACUGCAGAAAACGAUAGAUUUUUAGAUUUUGGCUAAAAACAGCAUAAUCAUAAUUUAAAGUCCACUUUGAACGCUUGUACAAUAAAUGAAAAGAUGGUUGGUGAGGGACUUUAAGAAAACACAAGUUAAAAUAUUUCAACACGAGUGUAACAGCGCUUUGAGUGAGCUUUAAUUUCUGUUAUGAUGACUGAUCUGUGUUACUGUCACGCUAAUGGAGCAUUUUUCAUGAAAUCACUUCUGUCUUCAUAAAGGUCCUUAGAAUUCCCUCAAUUUGUUCCCUAUAACACCGGAUUGGGACACAGCCAACCUUGUGACCUCUGCUUCGUACCAGCAAAUGUUAUUCAUAAUCCUUUGACAUUAGAUAUUGUCAACCUCCUGAGAAAACUGGUGAUGCAAAGUCAUCUGACAAUCCAGCCAACUUGAAAUGACCAUUGAGUCAACAACUGGGGCAGAUAGGCAAACAGUUUGGCGUCUGCAAACUAAUAUUGCAAAAGGGAAACAGUUAUCCCUAAAGUUUAAAAGCUAUCAAAUAUCCAAACAGCAUUAUAUUUCUGUCUACUUUCAUAAUUCCACAAAAGCAAUAAAAGAGGAUUUCUUUAUUAUCCUAGAAGCUGGAUGAAAGAUUCACUUGAGGAGAUUUGACCAUGGUAGUGGUAAUAUUUGAAAUUUUCCUGCAACAAUAUUGUCUAAAGAUCUGUUUCAUUUCUAAAAAUACACAAGAAUACACAAACGAAGCCUCCCAUAGCAGACUUGUGUGUUUACAUCCGGAGUAUUUCCCAGGGAAUUCAAGGAGAAUUUCUUAUCAACUUCCCCUUGUGGGCAACAAUGUCCCCUCCAGAGAUAGUCAUAAAGUUAUGACAGGCCUCAUUUCUAAGUUUAGCUAGAAUUUUCAGAAUACAUGUGACAGCAGGAAACUACUUUUGCCUUGAUAUUUUAUGUGUUGCAACCACUUCCUGAUGAGCGUCCCUCCCACAUCAGUCCCUCCUUUUCCACAACAGCCCUCCCUUUGUCCCUUGUGUCCUGGCCCCUCCUUUUGUCAAGUCUCCACAGGCAAACAUUAGCAAGUCCACGCCCCUGCACAGCAGCACUCCCACACAUGCUUACAGUAGCAGUUAUGAUCAGCUGCUCGGACCUGUGGGGAAGCUGGAAUCUAGUCUGGGACACAUUUUUCCACACACCUGCUUGUGAGAAGGAAUUGAUAAGUCAUACCAGAUGAAACUGAGAAACAUGCUCUUCUGGGUCAAACCCGUAGCUCUCUGACAUGACUCUGACCACAGACUACCACUGGAAGAUUAACGGGGAGUGGCUGUUAAAUUGUUUCACAAUAUCUGCAGCAUCAGAGCGACAAUGGACCUGACUUUGUGGCAGUACCAGUUCAGGAUCAUCAUGCUGGGGGACUCCACCGUAGGGAAGUCCUCUCUGCUGAAGCGCUACACUGAGGACUUGUUCCUGGAGUCCAUCAACCAAACUGUAGGUGUGGACUUCUAUGUCAGCUUCCUGGAGGUGGAGCCGGGGGUCCGUGUCAAACUGCAGUUUUGGGACACAGCUGGGCAGGAGAGGUUCAGGUCAGUGACACGCUCUUAUUACCGCAACUCUGUUGGAGGCCUGCUGGUGUUUGACAUGACCAAUCGAGACUCCUUUGACCAUAUCAAAGAGUGGCACGAUGAGGUGCGCGAGCGAGUCCAGCCGCACAAGGUUCUGUUCGUCCUGGUGGGUCAGAAGAGCGACAGAGAGAGGGUGGUGAGCCGGGAGGAGGCUGAGAAACUGGCCGGACAGCUGGGGCUGCCCUAUGUGGAGGCCUCAGCAAAGACUGGCCACAAUGUCAGGGAGUGCUUCGAGCUUCUCACUCGGCGGGUUUAUCAGGGUCUGCUGAGCGGGGAAGUGGAGCUGCAGGAAGGCUGGGAUGGCAUUAAGUGUGCUGCCCCACAGGCACUGCAGUUUCAAAAGGCCAGCAUUUCGCAAGCCAGCACAGCGCCAAAGAAAAAGAAAUGUUGCGAGUAAAUACUGGACUGACAACAAGUACCCUCAUAGGAGCUGAAAUUUGUGGCUAUGAUCACUAAAAUGCUGUUUUUGUACUCGUGUAUUAAAGCAAACUGGUACCAUGAGACGUACUGAUCUAAAACAAACAUUUUUAUGACUGCAGGUUGUCUUUUCAGAUUGUUUCUAUAAAGGAUGAUUAAUGUUAAAUGUUUGACCUCAUCUCUUCAGCAAUAAUACAAGUUUUGCCAACAGGUC